CCCUGCGAGGAAGCGGCGCGGCUUCCUGGGGCUUGGGCCGGGGAUAUAGGCGCCCCCGCCCGGGCCCGGCUCAGCGCCACCGCCCCUCCUCGCCUGCUAGCCGCGCGAUGGCCUCGCUCCGGGCAGAGCGCGCCGCCGGCGGCCCGCGGUUCUCUACGACCCUCGCGGGGCGACCGGCAGCGCUCCGCCUCCUCCUCCUGCUGGGCGCUCUGACUUCCAAGGGUCUCAGACCCCUCCUCCAGGCUCCACCGCCUAGAUCCCCGCCAUCCUCCUUCCCUCCCCCAUUUCUGCUCACAGCUGUCCUGAAGCCCCAGGAGUCCCUGGCUCAGCUUCUUCCCACUGAAGGCAGCUUGAAGUCAGAAGAGAACAAGAUGGAGGACUAUAAGGCGAAUGCCCGGUUUUGCUGGCAAUCUUAUAAGGAGGAGAUGGACUCUAUCCCCAAGGACUGGUGCGACUGGACCAUGAUUAGCAGGCCCUAUAGCGACCUGCAAUAUUGCUUGGAGCAUUUUGCAGAAGCAUUUGGCCUGGGUUUCCCCAAUCCCUUGGCAGAAGAGAUCAUCUUUGAGACUCACCAGAUCCACUUUGCCAACUGCUCCUUGAUGCAGCCCACCUUAUCAGACCCUCCAGAGGAUGUGCUCCUGGCCAUGAUCAUAGCCCCCAUCUGCCUCAUCCCCUUCCUUGUCACCCUUGUGGUGUGGAGGAGUAAAGACAGCGAGGCCCAGGCCUAGGGUGGUGGUGUGAGCUAUAGCAGUCAUCUUACUCCUUUCUCCUGCCACCACCAGGUCUCUCUCUUCCCCUCCCUGCCUCCUUCUCUCACUCUCACCCCCACCACAGACACUUGAAUUGCUGGAAAUGGAAGCCCAGUGGUGGCACAAGUUUUGUAAUCUUCAAAAUAAAACUUUUUUUUUUUUUUUGGUACUAUCCCCUCCCCA